AUGCACAACAUCCUCCUCACUGUUGCCUCAGGCUACCUUGGCGGCAGCAUUCUGGCCCAGCUACGCAACCCCAGCAGUGGCAGUACAGAACCGCCAGCCCAUGAUAAGAUCUAUGCACUCGUUCGUAGCGAAGCUCAAGCCCAGGCCGUCCGGAGCUACGGUGCUGAGCCCGCGUCGUUUGAUCCAGGGGAUGAAGCCGCCAUUGAGAGCUUCGUUCUAGACCGCCAAAUCUCAGUAGUAGUUUGGCUCAUUGACGUAGUGAGCGUCGAGAGACAAACGCUUUUCAUCCGGGCGCUGGCCACAUUGAGGCAACAGACCGGCAAGGAGGUUCAUUUCUUGCAGGUAGGCAGUGACUUCUACCUAUCAUCUGCCCUCUAA